AUGUCGACGGAAUACGUCAAGUGUGCACACAGAACCAUCCCAGAGGAUGGCAACUUUGCGAACAGGAAAAGACUGGUGAUCUGUUGUGAUGGCACGUGGAAUAACUCCAACAAUGGCGGCGUACCCACCAACGUGAGCCGCCUCUCCUCUGCAGUCGCACACAAGUGCUGUAGCGGCAUGCCUCAAGUAGUUUACUACCAUCGCGGUCCCGGAACAGAAGAAGACAAAUGGGCCAGCUUUGUGGGAGGACUGUUCGGCCUGGGUGUUAAACAGGACAUUGUGGAUUGCUACCGCUUCAUCUGCGAUAACUACAACCCGGGGGAUGAGAUCAUCAUCGUCGGCUUCUCACGAGGUGCCUUCACGGCUCGGUCGCUCGCAGGCAUGGUCUGCACGCUUGGGUUUCUCAACCGCUCUGGACUCAGCAGCCUCGGCCAGAUCUACAAUGAUUACAAGGCCUUCAACGACUGGACGGAUCCUCGCAUGUUUGACCCCAAGCAGCAUCUACUGGGGUUCAACCACGACCAGCUGAAGAUGAAGAUAGAGAAAGAGGAUCUGGUGAAACUACUCGAACGUUAUGACCAGGCCACAAGCCACGAAGCCUUGGAGAAGCGGCUCUUUAAGGACAAAGAAGAGUUGUUUACGAAGAUGACUCAAUUCAAGCGGACAGAUGGGAGCAUGAAGUUCCGCCUCAUGGCGGAGGCUUAUCGCCAGCAGCUGAGCGAUUACGAACUUUGCUUGACUCGCAUGGUAGACGAUGGCAACGAGGUAAUCUCGCACCGAGCUGUGGAGGGGAAGAUUAAAGCAGUCGGUGUUUGGGAAACGGUAGGUAGUCUUGGAAUCCCCAAGAUGCCGUGGUGCAAUUGGCAAGGCGCCAGUCGCAGUGCUGCAGAGCUCCGAUUUGCAAGCUACAACGUCCACCCCAAUAUCGAUCAUGCGUUCCACGCCCUUGCCCUAGACGAAUUCAGGAGCCCUUUCUCUCCCACGCUUUGGAGAUGCAAGAGAUCGAACACGAACACUCAACUUCGCCAGGUCUGGUUUCCAGGAUGCCACAGCAAUGUCGGCGGAGGCUCCGAUUCCCAGCAAAUCUCUAAGAUUGCCCUUGGAUGGAUGGCGGAUCAGUUGACUUCCGUCGGCGUGGAGUUCAGCACGUGCGAGAUGCAGCGCAUCUUCAGUACAAUCUCCCACGGAGAUACCAUUCGGCCCUGGGGCCUCGGAGAGAUUACCAGCCCAACAUCCUUGGUCACGACGGGUCUCGACCGACUUUGGAACACAAUUUCAGCGCCGUAUCUUGCGUACCACGGUCAAUUCGCAGAGAGUUCGGCGCGAACACCUCAUUUCUACCGAGACGACGACGGGAAGAAGCUUCUGACACACACGGAAGAGCUUGUUCACCCCUGCGUCAGGGUCCGGUACCUGUACAACGGUCUCGGCCUAGAUGAUAAAGCUGAGUGGCGCUGUAAUGCUCUUACGGGGCGCGACUGGGAACUCAAGCUUGAUAGAGGCGUGUCCCCAACUAAGACUCGCCCAGGUCGGGACCCGAAGAUUGUGGACAAGUAUAAGACCGUUGGCGGAUCCGUCACCUCUGUCCAUCAGCAGUAUCCGGAAACUCGCGCUGCGGAAGGCCAGCUCGUCAAUACUGAGCAGCCCUCGGAAGAUGAGCUAUGGCAGUUGAAAUCUCCGAAAAACACUUACACAUGGACCCACCCAGAGGGUAAGGUGCUUAAAGAGGAGCAGAUUGGCAUGUGGGAGCGCAUGUUCAUCGACAUCAACGACGACCAUGUCGACUUGAAGAAGAGAAGUGACGAACAGAAGAUGCGGAAACAGACACAUGGUGACCGCCUUAGAGACAUGGCGACGAGCAACGUGUACCACGCCUUAGCCAUGAUUGACUGGAUUGUCAAGACUUCUAUUGGCGCAGUAUUCGUCACGCGACCGGACAAGCAGUAUCCGCUCGGGUACCCGUUGAAGCAUGGUUACUACGACUUUGUGUCCUGGCAGAAGGGACUCACGCAGGGUAAUUCGGAGGUUGGCCCCUCAGCCAAGGACUCGGCCAAGGAUGAUGUACAUGCUGCCAAGGAUGGUGAUGUCCAUGUUCAUUACCACUGGCUGAACGAUGGUACGCAAUGA